AUGGCAAACUCUCUCACUCUCUCCCUGACCACCCGCUCUCUCUCCCCGACAGCUCUCGCUGUCUCCGACCCCGACCGCUCGCCCUCUCGUCGGCCAGUCGCUCGCCAGCCAGUCGCCACCCUCUCCCUCUCGUUGGUGUCUUCCUCACCGCAGUCUUGCUCCUCACCACCCAUAACCCUAGCAACCCGCCUCCCUCUCGUCGGUGAAAGGUGUUAUUUUUACCAGCUGGGGUGCUCGAUUCGUGGCGGCGGUGCUCGAUCCGUGCUGGAGCAGCGGGAGGAGGAGGCCAAGGUGGAGAUCGUGGUGCGGGAGGGGGAGCUCGGCGAGACGGCGGCUGGAUCUGAAGCGCGGCUGCUCCACCUUCCUCAGGGUGGCGGGGAUCUCCGGCUCGCUGCAGAGAAGAAGGGCCCGACCGCUGGCGUCAUCCGCCGCUUCCUCAGGGUUGGCGGCGGCGGGCUGCGGUUCCGGCGGAAGGGCGACACGUUCAAGGUGCUGCAGGUGGCGGACAUGCACUAUGAGGACGGGCGGAGCACCGCGUGCGAGGACGUGCUGCCCGAGCAGGUCGCCGGCUGCUCCGACCUCAACACCACCGCCUUCCUCUACCGCGUCAUCCGCGCCGAGAACCCCGACCUCGUCGUCUUCACAGUUCACUACUCGAGGUGCUGGGCCGUGGCUUCGUCGAGGCGGACGACAGCCACUCCCGUGCAAACAAAGGUGAGCAUUCAGGAAAAGAACAUACAAGUGCUCUUUCUUUAGUAAACUCUCAAUUGCACUGUCUAGCAGAAUCUUUUUUGGAUACAAGCAUACAGGAAAAGGAUGAGCAUACAGGAAAAGGAUGAUCAUCCUUUUCUGCUGGAAUAUCAACUUUUUUGGAUGCUCAACCAUCAAUAAACAUCUUGGCUGAACUUCGGGAAAAGGAUGCACCGAAUCUUAUUUUGACAGGUGAACAGAUGGACAGUGGAUGCUCCUUGCUGAUCAAUUCAAAAUUGCUCUGGCGAUCAAUUCAAGCUUGUUGUGACUGGCGAGAAGACGUCCUGGUCAAUCACCACAUCUGAUCAAUUUCUGUCUGUGGCGAGAAGAAGUGGUACAACUCCAGCGAUCAAUUUCUUUGGCGAUUAACAAUUUUGAUCAAUUCAAACAGCAGCACAGGCGGCGCAUGAGCAGGGAGGAGCACAUGCUGCUGCUGUUGGUCAGUGCGGGGAGGAGCACGGGCAGAGGUCAAUUGGCCGGAUCCGGAGCUCCAGUGCCUGAAUCGAGGAGCUGGAAGGCUGAGGCAGGAGGAGGAGGAGCACAGGCUGCGCUGCUGCUGCUGUUGGUCAGUGUGGGGAGGAGCAUGGACGGAGGUCAAUUGGCUGGAUCCGGAGCUCCUAUGCCUGAAUCGAGGAACUGGAAGGCUCAGGCAGGAGGAGGAGGAGCACGGGCGGCGCUACUACUGGUCGGUGCAGGGAGGAGCACGGGCGGUGCGAAGGCCAGGAGUCAUGGGCGGCACGACGGCCAGGAGUCAUGGGCAGCUGGAGGCUGUGGCGGACGGCGAGGGAGCUGUGUACGAGUUUGGGCUCUCGAUUGGAGCGGAGGAAGGCGGCCGGCGAGGGAGCUACGGCCGGCGCGGACGGACGCUGGAGCUGCAGCAGUGGGGUGGAGCCUGGCGGAGGGGAGGAGCGAUGGAGGAAGACGAAGAUCCCCGGCGACAAGAAAUUCAAAUUUAGGGUAGUUUGGUACUUUUUCCUGUUUUCACCUGGUCGGAGAAGUUCCCCAACGACAACUAUUUCGGAACAGAGGGAGCAGUACCAUAGGAAACUUUCCAAUUCCUAUGUUUUUCAUUCA